CACAUAUAAAGACUUUUUUUAGGUCUGUUGACGACCCUCAUAAUAUCACAACGGAGGUUCUGAGAUGCCGCCAUCAACCGGUUCUUCGUCCAUAUGUGAUGGUACCAAGAGCUGGAUCACUCGAACUGUCACUGAUAUCAGCGACCAUCUUUUCAUUCAAGUUCAUCGAGAUGUGAUUGCUGCUUGACACAGGACGGUACGAAGUAGACCGCCGCUCUUAAGAUUGGAUUGGCUGGAAUUUUCGAAGGCCUUGAUUUCGCUUUUCGUCUUCGGUGCCCUUGGUGGAAGCCAUCACCUCAUCAGUGCGUAUGACCAUUGAAGGUCGUACAGAUCCUUCAUAAACCAUUCUCUCUUUCAAACCCCCUCCCAUAGUUUGGGAUGGCUGACUUUCUUUUCCAUGUGAUAUCUAAUCUUGCCCUGGCUUCGGUUGCCUUCACCCUUCAGAUCAAAGUCGGGGACGCAGGCCACAUAUUAACAGGACAGAGUACCAGAGUGUCCAUCAUACGCGAAGAGGGAGAUCCUGCUGAUCUAUUCCUCCUGAAACAUCGACUUGAAACCGAUAGUGACGUAUCUCACGAUGUGCUCAAAGUCACCAACUUCACUGCCAAUACCAUGAUCAAUAUGACUUUCAGUACCAGCGACAAGUACGAGAUCUUCGCUUAUGGGAUUUCCGACCUGGAUCCGUUCGCAACAAGUGCCGUGUUCGAAGUACAGGAUGACAACGUCUCCUACCAGUCCCACUUGGAUAAAUCACAGAAGAUAUUAAAGAUUAUUGGAUCCGUGCUUGGUACAGUAAUAUUUAUACUACUCCUUUCGCUAGGAGUAGUUCUGUACGGUCGCCUGCGCAGAAAGCGAAGAAGCGUAUCAUCCCUCAGCCCCAUGACCACGCGUGAAGGUCUAAAAAUAUGGCCUUUCUUCCAGAAUCGACAACACCGUAUAAUGCGCAAGCUACGAGGAAAAAAUGCACCUGUAGCAGCGCCAGUGGAUACAGCGAUGCCAACAUCCAUAUCCUCGAGUGUCACGGAAUUGGGGGUCGAAGAAGAAGAAAAAGAAGCCGAUCUUCCAGGGACAGAGCAAAGACGAUGGUCCAUCCUGCGCGGAACCUCUGCACCCUCGGAUCGUGCCUUCGAGCCUCCGUUUUCAGAAAUUGCAGGUGAACAAGGGAGUCCCCAAAUCCCUGCCGAGGAACAGAUACCGCGCGCAGCCUCGACUCGUUCAAUGAACGAGGGAAGAGCCAGAGAGAUACAAAGGUUGUGGAACCGGAUACAGCAGCUCGUUGCUGAGAGGGCGUCAGUACGGGAACCACAUAGUGACCAGGAUCCUCCUCCGGAAUACGUAUCAGAAGUUAUUACAUAUGUAUCAAGAUAAACGUGGUGAUCCUCAUAAACGAAGCACUCAUAGUCGACUUGUAGCAGAUUCGCUGUCGAAACCCACUUGCGACUCACAUUCAAAGAACAUAGUAGUGUUUCUUAUGGAUGCGUAUGUUAUUUAGUUCGUUAGCACAGGUCAACAUUAUAGUUCUUUUUACGCCAAAAAAAGGAAGCCUAUGCUUAAAUAUAUUCC